CGAGCAGCGGCCGGUGUAGGGAGCAGCAUAUCGUCGGCCACGUUCUCGUCAAGUAAAACAUGAUAGUUUGUUUAUAGCCUGGAUUCUGGAGAGGGCGGCAGAGAGCGAGUGAGGUCCGCGACGCCUGAGGUCCGCACUUUAGGUUGGAUUUAGUUCAAUACUUCGCACGUCCGCGUGUGCGGGAGCUCCAUGUGUCCGCGACAUCCAGCAGGUGAAAGCAACACACCAUCCGGGCCGCCAAAACCUCUUCGAGGAAAUCAUUUAUGAACGGAGCCAUGAAAACGCAAGAAAUUUCCAAGUCCAUCAUGAGCGACGCGAGUCGCCGGAUUGAGAAGCUGCGAGAAGGGAAGUACAUCGCGGGCGACUUCGGCUUGGAGAUUGUCAAGCCGCCGUGGUUUGAUGAAGCGAAGUUCACGCGUGGCCAGAAGCUGUCCAAGGAUAACCUGGUAUGCGUGUUUUUGGCGGACCUCUUGUUCCUGUUGACUGUCUUCAGCUCACCUCGUAUCCUGAGGACGCUCAUCUUGACCGGAAAAAGUUCAUGCCCGUUCACGGCCCUCAAUAGGUACGUGGCCACGAUCAGAGCUGUCGUAUCCUGGCAUAACGGAGACAUUUGGAAUCCUGAAGAUUUGGCUCACAAGUUUCUACGACAUGUCAUGACGAGUCAUAAAAGUUUAUAUACGAUUGCCAAUUUUCAACGAAAAGAGGAAGUUGAUCGAAUCGAAGUUGAAGAAAAUCCUAUGGUUCAAAUUACCGGUAUGUAUAAAAAAAUUCGAGCCUCAAAUGAGGAACAAUCACGGUCUACUAAAUGCGAUGGCAAUGCCAAGAAUACAAAUCAUAUCACGCCCAAAAUGAAAAUUCAACCAGAUUUUGACCAAGCAAAGGAAAGGCCACGAACCUCUUCAAAUGUUCAAGCUUCUAUUAAAAAGCACAAUUUCAGUUUAAGUAAUGACGAAUUUACGCCAAGUAAGGACACGGCUCGAAAAAGGAGUCAACAGGAUCACAAUCCCAACUUUUCUUCCAAUUAUAACCAGGUACCGAGCAGUCGAAAUUCAGAUUCAAAGAUGUCCGAAUCUGUCAGGAGUGAUAAAUCUCCACCAAAAGUGGACGAGUCGAUCCCCAAUCACAACAUCCCGUAUGUUAGUCAGUGGGAUCUCUUGACCGUCCAGUACGCGUUUAUCGCCAGUAUAGUUGCGCAUCCAGAGGCUUUCGGUGCCUGGAAUCUUCCUGAUGAAGAUGUCGAUGGAUUUAUCUACUACUGGAAAGUUCUGGGCUUUUUCUUGGGUAUCCGAGAAGAGUUCAACCUUUGCAGCGGAGACCUCGAACAAACUAGAGCUUUGAUUUUAGCGUUUGAGCAAGAGGUGAUUUUACCGGCAUUCGAAGAGGUUGACCACAACUUCGAACACAUGUCAUUGGCUCUUAUGGGUGGAAUUAACAUGAUGGUACCGCUCGUCAACUACCCCUCUGCCCUAAUGUACCUUCUAACCGCCCUCGGUGCUGACACAGCUACGAUUUACAAAUCACUUACGCUCAGAGAGAAAGCUAUCUAUCAUUUCUUGAAUUGUGUGACCUACAGCUGCCGGGUGCGAUUAAUCAGAAACAUGUUCAGCUCAUUGCUGGAAAUCUGUUUGGAUCUGAUAGAAGGACAUGGGCCCUGGUGGUGGCCGAGAAUAUUGGCGCCGAAAAACACAAUUUCACCAAGAGUUCCAUAGAACCAUUUUUUUAGCGAACUUGAAGUUUGUAUUUAUGAACAAGCAUUAAAUAUUUCACAUCCUUUGCCAUUUCAUGUAUUCACAUGCCUGAGUUAGUUGACUUAUGACUUGCCAGACUAAAAGUCGUAUCCCAUGCAUUAUUGAAUUCUAAAUGAAAAUUUCAUUUCAUUACUCUCAAAUUUGGGAAAAGAGCUCUAAGUAUCAUUGAAGAUAAAUGUUGAAUGCGUUUUCUAUGCUCGACCAUUCAGCGACACCGAAUUGGACGAUACAAAUUCAGAGACUCCGUCCAUCAAAAUUGGAUGUCAGCAACGACGGCUGCGAAGCAUCAACCACAUCAGUGUAGCUGAAUUCUUUUACAUAACAGCGAUGAAUUGCAAUUAAAUUAAGGCCAUGUAAUUUAGAUUUUACAAUGAUAUGUAUAAUACUUUUGGCAUUAAGGUACUAGCCGUAGCGUAGAGGGUCCUUUAAUCGCAAAUAUUCAUAACAAAUUUUCUAAGCGCUUAUUAAAGUUUCUAUCAAUGCAGGAAAGAUUGGUGAACCAAGUCAGGAUAAAGAUUUAGAUUUAAAAUUUAAAGCGAUAAGUCUCAAGGUUCCGAAAUUCCUAAAUUUUACCACCUUCGAAUGUUUCAAAACUACGAAUGAUUAAAAUGCUUUAAAUUUUCGGGAUCCUUUUAUCUCGCUAUCACUAAUGAUGAUGAGCUUAAUAACAUGAAGGAAACAAAUGAAAAAAUUAUAAAAGCCCAUAUGAACGGCUCUUCUAGAUAGGCUCAGAUGUCAAUUAGUCUUAUCAAUUUUUCUCCUGUCUGCAAUAGAUGGAAAUUAAUUUUAUUAUAUGAAGUUUCAUUUAUCGUAUUCGCUCUCAGAAAUGAGAGUUAUCGCACAGCAUCGUCCGUGCAUCAGCGAUAUAUAACAAUAAUCACAUAAUAAUUCUAAUUCCUCGAGGAAAGCAAUGUAGUUCCUCUUUAUUAACAAGCGUUGUAAAAAUGUCGCAACGGUCUGUCUGGUCGACGGUAGUUCAGGCUAAGAUUAGUUAUUUAAUCAACCGCUGAGCAAUAUUUGAUUGUUCCCAUGGGAUAGGGAGAUUUUGUAAUAUAAAUAUAAAUUUUU